AUGGCCAGCCUCGUAUUCGAGCAUCGACAAGAAAACAAUUCUGCCUACAUGACCACUAGCCCUCUAGACCCUGAGGAAUUCAGAAGGCAAGGCCACAUGGUCAUAGACUUCAUUGCUGAUUAUUACAAAACAAUUGAAAAAUACCCAGUUCUUACCCAAGUCCAACCGGGCUAUCUCAAAAAACGCUUGCCAGAAUCUGCCCCAUACGACCCUGAACCUAUUGAAACCAUCCUCCAAGACGUUCAGGACCACAUUAUCCCUGGCCUAACACAUUGGCAAAGCCCUAACCACUUUGCCUACUUCCCUGCAACUAUCAGCACCGCAGGGUUCCUCAGCGAAAUGCUCACCACUGGUUUCAAUGUUGUGGGGUUCAAUUGGAUUGCAUCCCCAGCUGCAACUGAGCUCGAAACCAUUGUCAUGGAUUGGCUUGGAGAUAUGCUCAAACUUCCCAACUCUUUCCUCUUCUCUGGCAACGGGGGCGGUGUAUUGCAAGGCACUACUUGUGAGGCCAUUGUUUGUACCAUGGCAGCCGCCAGGGAUCAAAUGCUAAGCCAAAUUGGUAGAGAGAAUAUUGGGAAGUUAGUUGUGUAUGGAUCAGAUCAAACACAUAGCACGCUUCAAAAAGCCUCCCAAAUUGUUGGGAUUCACCCAAAGAAUUUCAGGGCCAUAGAGACCACAAAAUCAACAUCAUUUGCACUUUCACCUGAGGUGCUAAAGUCGACUGUUUGUUCAGACAUAGAAGCUGGGCUUGUCCCAUUGUUUCUUUGUGCCACAAUUGGAACAACUGCAGUAACAGACGUUGAUCCAUUGGGGCCACUCUGCGACGUGGCAAAAGAACACGGCAUGUGGGUUCAUGUGGACGCUGCAUAUGCUGGAAGUGCAUUUGUCCUGAGUUUCGACCUUUUAUCGAUGGCGUUGAGGAAUCCAAGGGCUUUGGUGAGCUCACUUUCGACGAAUCCAGAGUUUUUGAGGAACAAAGCCACGGAUUUGAAGCAAGUUGUGGACUACAAAGACUGGCAAAUAGCUUUGAGCCGGAGAUUCCGGGCCAUCAAACUUUGGCUUGCGCUUAGAAGCUAUGGGGUGAACAACCUUAGGAACUUCAUCAGGAGCGAUGUGAAAUUAGCUAAGUUGUUUGAAGGGCUUGUGGGGAUGGACAAAAGGUUUGAGGUUGUGGCCCCUAGGAAGUUCUCUUUGGUGUGUUUUAGGGUUUCACCAUCAGCAAUUAGUAAGGCUAAUCCAAGCCCAAGUGAUCAUGAUGAGUUGUUAAACGGUGGAAAAUGUGUAGUUAACGAGGUGAAUUGCAAGUUGCUGGAGGCGAUUAAUGGGUCAGGUCGGGUGCACAUGAGCCAUGCUGUGGUUGGAGGGAUGUAUGUAUUACGUUGCGGAAUUGGAGCAAGUCUCACUGAGGAAAAGCAUAUAGCCAUGGCUUGGAAGGUGGUGCAAGAACAUGCAGAUGCCAUCCUCGCCACCACGGAUUGA